AUGGAGUUUCCUCAAACUCACAUCCACCAUCCCCAAACCCCCCACACCCACACGGUUAUCCUACUCCAUGGUCGCGGCAGCGAUGGCCCUGAGUUCGCCGAAGAGCUCUUCUCAUCUUCAACCUCCAAGAACAAAAACCUGCCUUCCUGUCUACCCUCCUAUCGCUGGGUGUUUCCAACAUCACGCGACCGAUGGAGCACUACAUUCGAAGAGGAAAUGUGCGCCUGGUUUGACGCCUACUCCUUAGGCAAUAUCCACGAACGACAAGAAUUACAGAAAGAGGGAAUAAGAGAGUCAGUCUUGUAUAUUCUCGAUACAAUCGAGGAGGAAGCUCGACUACUAGAUGGACGGUUCUCCCACAUCUACCUUGGAGGUAUGAGUCAGGGGAUGGCAACCGCCUUGUGGGUGUUCUUCGCUGCAACUGCGACAGGCCGAAUCCAAGGACCACUAGGUGGACUAUUUGGCUUUUGUGGUUGGUUGCCAUUCGCGCAGCAGCUAGAGCAGUUGCUUUCUGAUCUGUCUCUUAGUCCUGGUAGCUCUCAGACACAGAGUUUAAUAUCCGGGUUCUUCUUUGAUGAAAUUGCCGGUGAUACAUUGCGCUCUGACCAGCCUGUCGAUAGUUCUAUUUUAUCUACGCCUGUGUUUCUAAGUCAUGGAGCAGACGAUCCAUGGGUAUCUGUGGAGCUUGGACGGCAGGCAUGUCAAGUUCUACGGAGAAUUAUGGUACGCGUUGACUGGCAGGAGUUUACUGGGGCAGAAGGUGACGGCCACUGGGUUAAGGAACCUGGGGGCUUUGACCGUAUCCUGCAAUUCCUUAAAGGUUGA